GUGAUGAAGAGGAGGAGCAGCUCUUCAUUCUGUCGCAACAUUUUCUUCUCUUUGUUUCACGUGAAAAGUUCUGAGCUACAAACACGAACCACGUCGAACCGGAUUAGAACCGGUCUUAAACCGGAUUAACGCUGCUGGGCCAACUGGAGCAGGAUCCUAAUCCGGACCAGGGACCAGGACCAGAGGAGACUGGUUUAGUUUGGAUCAGAAUCCUGAUCAUGGGUCAAUAAGUCACACGGACUUUUGUUUCCAUGAAGAUGAGAGUUUUUUCCCGCUCUUUCAGGAGCUGAUCACUUUGACUUGAUACUGUAUUGAUUGUGUAUCGAUCAGCGGGAUGGCCGCGCGCCUGCUGCUGCUGCUGCUGCUCGCGCUCUGGACCUGCGGACACGCCAAGAGCUCGUUCCCGGUGCGACCCUCCUACAGCCUGUACACUGGCGGGCACGCGCACAGAGGGCGCGCCACCAGCAGACACAGGAACUGGUGUGCGUUUGUGGUGACAAAGACGGUGAGUUGUGUCGUUGAGGACGGUGUUGAAACCUACGUGAAACCUGAUUAUCAUCCUUGCAGCUGGGGGAGUGGCCAGUGCAGCAGAGUGGUGGUCUAUCGUACUUACAUGCGACCGCGCUACAAAGUGGCCUACAAAAUGUUGACAGAGAUGGAGUGGAAGUGUUGUCAUGGUUACAGUGGACAGGACUGCACCAUCGGUCCAGGAGGAGGAGGAGGGGUUUACAGUCAGGGAGGAGCCAGCUCUGGUGAGAGUGACAAACUGAGGCAGCUGGAGGAGAAGAUCUCGAGUCUGACCAACAACCUCCAGGACCUGCAGUCCACCCUGGACCAGCGCCCCCAGCAGGAGGGCAGCAAUCCAGGAGGAGGAGGAGUAGGAGGAGAAGGAGGAGCCAGAGGAGGAGCCGGGGGAGGAGGAAGAAACCCUGCUGAUGCAGCUCAGCCUGAGAUUAAAGAGACAAUUCACAGCAUCCAGACCAAACUGGACCAACUGGACAAUCGCACACAGGCUCACGACAAAACGCUGCUAAGCAUCAACAACCACCUGGUGAACGGCAAAGGUAACGAGCUGGAGGGGGGCGUGUCCGGAGGCGGGCUGAACUCGCUGAAGGAGGAGAUUCUGAGGGAGCUGGAGAGGAGGGUGUCACUGUCCUGCUCCUCCUGUCAGGCCGGCGUGGAGGAUCUGCGUCGUCAGCAGCUGGAGGACAGAGACAGGAUCCGAGCUCUGGAGAAGCAGCUGAACACGGUGGAGCUGCGAUAUCGUCACAGCGUGGACGGGCUGCGGCGAGACGUGGGCGGGCUGCAGCGAGAUGUGGGCGGGCUGCAGCGAGACGUGGGCGGGCUGCAGACGUGCUGCAACGCCACGCACGACCUCACACUCCGCCUCACACACGCUGAACGCAAGAUCAGCUCAGCCUCAGACAACUUAGACGAUCUGCACAACCGUGUGGAGAAGGAGCUCAGUGGAGGAGGAGGAGGAGAAACAGGAGGAGGAGGAGAAACAAGAGGAGCAGGAGAAACAGGAGGAGGAGGUGGCGGCGGCAGCAGCGGGUCCAGAGGAGGAGGAUUGGGUGGAGCUGAUAGUGAUAAAAUGUUGGACAAAAAUCUGAGAGACCUGGAGCUUCGUGUCAACAACAGCUGCUCUCAGCUGGAGAAUGAGCUCAAGGACCUGAGGACAGUGAUCCUGGACGUCAAGGUCACAGAAAAGGACGUGGACGUGGACAUGGUGCUGAUGAAGAACAGGGUGAACGACUGGGACAAGAGGCUGUCGGUGCUGGAGAACUCCACCACAGUCCACGAGCACAGGCUGGACAUGUGCAGCUGUGCAGGAGGAGGAGGAGGGGCCAGUACAGGAGGAGGAGGGGUCAGUUCAGGAGGAGGAGCCAGUACAGGAGAAGGAGGGGUCAGUUCAGGAGGCGGGAACAGGGGAGGUACAGGAGGAGGAGUCAGUUCAGGGGGCGGGAACAGGGGAGGUACAGGAGAAGGAGGGGUCAGUUCAGGAGGCGGGAACAGGGGAGGUACAGGAGGAGGAGUCAGUUCAGGAGGCGGGAACAAGGGAGGUACAGGAGGACAAAGAGAAGACACAGAGAAAUCUCUGGAGUGGAGAGUCAUCGCCAACGAGGACAAGAUUCAACAUUUUAACACUCAACUCAAAGACCUGUCAGUGUCUGGAGACUCUCUGCACGACAAGGUGGUGGACUUGAGUCACGAUGUUCGUAAGAUCAAGGCUCUGACGGGCGACCACGGCGAGCACUUCAAUCGCAUCGUGACGGAGGUGGAGCUGCUCGGCCACGACUGCGAGCUGUGUCGCAGGGUGGAGGACGAGCUGCGGAGGCUGAAGAAUCACUCCCAUGAUGCACUUGGGCACAUGCAGAGCCACAUCAACAGACUGCAGAUCAGACUGGACUCAGAGAAAGAUAGCCGCUCUCACACGUGUUCACAGCUGCAGGACGAAGUGCGUCUGUUGCGACACGACGUCAGGAGGUGUGGCCAGUGUGGCACCUCAGGCGGAUCGGAUCGCCCGGGUAGUCGUGGUGGAAGCAGCGGAGCUGGAACUGGACUGGACUCAGAGAAGACGUUAGACGGCCACAGCGUGAUCGGCGGCUCCGUCAACAACGAGCAGCUGAAGACGCUGCAGGGCGAACUGUCUGAGGUCAUCCUCACCUUCAGCUCCAUCAACGACACGCUGAAGAGUCUGGAACACACGGUCCACAAACACGGCAGCGUCAUCACGGACCUCGGAAACACCAAGGACAAGAUCAUCUCAGAGCUCGACAAGAUCCAGCAGGAAGUGACGGAGCACGGCGAGGACAGCAGGGAGCGGCUGGACGGGCUGGAGCGCGACCUGCGACGCACCGACAACUCUCUGCUGACGGACGUCGGCGAGUGUAAGAGGUCAGGAGACGGUCUGGAGAAGAGGUUGUCCAAGCUGGAGGGCGUGUGCGGGCGGCUGGACGGAGUCUCUGACGCCGUCCACAAGAUCAGACAAGGGCUGAAUGGACACGUGUCCAGUUUGUGGACAUGUGUCUCCGGUCUCAAUGACUCGCUCGUCCGUCACGGCCGGAUCCUGGACCUGAUCCAGACGAACCAGGACCACGUCCAGAGCCGGGUGAAGAACCUGAACUCCAGCGUGAACCAGGUGGUCAAAGAUCUUCAGAGUGUGAGCGGUCUGCCCGGACCCCCAGGGCCGCCAGGAGAGAGAGGGUUCAAAGGGCUGCCGGGGACCCGGGGGCCCCCAGGACUGAAUGGAGCUCCAGGUCUGCCUGGACUUCCUGGUGCUGACGCUCACGUGCCCAGACUGUCGUUCUCCACCGCCCUCACCGCCCCUGCGGACCGAGCCGGAACCAUUGUGUUUGACAAGAUCUUUGUCAAUGAAGGAGACUUCUAUGACGCGAGGACAGGAAUCUUCACGGCUCCUGUAGACGGUCAUUACUUCUUCAGCGCCGUCCUCACGGGUCAUAAGAACGAGAAGAUCGAGGCUGUUCUGUCGAAGUCCAACUACGGCAUGGCGCGCGUGGACUCGGGAGGAUACCAGCCCGAGGGCCUGGAGAACAACCCGGUGGCCGAGGCGAAGACCACGCCCGGCUCGCUUGCCGUCUUCAACAUCAUCCUGCCGCUGCAGGCGCGGGACACGGUCUGCGUGGACCUGGUGACGGGGAAACUGGCUCACUCUGUGGAGCCGCUCACCGUCUUCAGCGGCGUGCUGCUGUACGAGGACAUGUGACGGGUCACACCACCGCCACGCCCCGCGUCACCUGACAUGAGUGGCAACAUGAAUAGUGAAGUCACGUGACCCAGACAUGACCAUGGGAGAUUUUUUUGCCUGUUCUGAUUUUAUUAUCAAUCUGUCGAGUUUUUAUGGUCGUGCACACAUGGAAGUGGGCGUGUCCUCCACCGCGCCUCCACCAUGACGGUAGCUGCUUUGCUAACGUCUGUUAGCCACGCCCACUGUGAAAUGUUAGCACGGAGUGUUUCUGUGAGUGCAUGAUGAAUUAUCUAAUGAUCACAUGAGUGCCGAGAAGCGCUGAGGACGUAAGCUGCUUCCUACUUCCUGUUUCGUACUUCCUGCUUCCUGCUACAUCAAAUGAGCCUGGUCCUGAUCCACGGGCUGGAUCCUCCUCAGUGUGGACUGGACGUUGUUUGAUUUGACGAUCGUUUGCGUCAUAUCCCAGAAUCCUUUGCGCGCCAGAGGAGGAAGUUCUCUUCUGAGGAUCCAGUCCGUGGAUUUGGACAAACCUCAUGUCUGGCUUUGUUUUCGUAAAAAAAACAAGCGAUUUGGUCAUGUGACUGCCCCCUUCAGGCAGUCACAGGAAAGACGACAGUGACAUGGUUGUAGAAGGUUCCAUCCUCAGAGGAGGGGGAACACGAUGUUUGACGCACUGAUCCUCCGUCAUUUCCUCAAAGGUGCGUUCACAUCCAACGGGAAGAGGUUUCUUUUGUUCUCUGGAGGACACAAGGACGCAAGGAUGCAAGGACACAAGGACGACUGACGACAUCUCAUCUGAGGCUAAUGCUAAGCUAACAUGACAUGUUUGAUUAAUCAAAUUUUUCCUUCAAGUUGAAAUCCUGACAUGAAGCAGACGUUUGAUUAUUUGUUUGUUUGUUUGAUUGUUUUUUUGUUGUUUGAUUGUUUGUUUGUUGUUUGAUUGUUUGUUUGUUUUAAAAGCAGAUCUGUUUUAUAUUUAAACCAGUAUCACAAAAUGUCACUUUUAUAUUGAUAUGUAUAUCUAUACAUAC